AUAAACACGGCCCCGACAAAAAAAAAGUAAGAAACCAAUUAGAAGAAACAUAGCUUAAAGAAGAAGAGUGGUAGCCGUAUAGGAGGUUCUCAUAUCAACAAAAAUAUCAACAAAAAUAUCAGGAGAAUUUGUCUAUAAGGUUAAGCACGGAACUCGCUAGGAGCACUGGGAUUGAAGGAGGCGUAUGACUCAUUUGCAUGUCAUAUUAUUCGGUGUUUAUUAAGGGACUUUAAAAUGCCAUAUGCGAUUUUAAGAACUUCCGCUGCCUUCGUUAAAAUAUUUUGUGAUGUUUAAUAUUAAGUGAUUUAUGGCGACUUGAUAUUUUCACAUAUUGAAUAAUAAGUUAACAUUUCAAUAGAUAUGUUUUAUUUAAAUACUUAAUUUUGUUUAAAUAACUAAAAGUCUUUUGGUUAAAUCUGUUUUGAUUCCUGCCACGUGACACACCGCUCGGGUCGGCGGGGCCGGUUCGGGUAGGGUGUUACAUUUUGGUAUCAGAGCAAAUGGUUUUAAAACGAUUUCUUUUAAACCUUGGGUAAAUGGGUUUUACUUUAAAGUCCUACACCGUGUGCGUUGCAUUGCAUUUUAGAAGUCCGCCUCCCAUCCUCGUAUUUAGUGAUAUCAUAUACAAUUAAAGUAAUAAUGUACCUUAUGUAGUGGGCUUUUGUUCUACUCACUUAUAUAUAUGCAUGUGAUCGCCUCUAUUGCUUGGUGGAACAUCCAAGAUCGAGAUUUUUUUAUUGUCUUAAAAAUGAAAGUAUUCAUGGAUCUAGCCUCUAGGGUGAAGUAUAAGUGUUAAUCAAAAUAACUAAAAUUACCUUUAAAGAUACAAGUUGAGCAAUUUCAUAUGAGCCUCAUCAAGUUACUAUAUACAGAACUUGAUAAAAUUGUCGGUACGAAUAGGUUUAAUUUACUAAGUAUAAAUUUGUAAUAAAUUGCCAAGACAAAAGAUUAAUACUUCAAAGUGAGCUAAAGCUUUCUUAAAAAUGAUAUUCGAUCGGGAUAUUACCAGUUGCCCCUAAAGACGGAAAGAUGGUUACACAUGCCUCAAGACAACUCAAAGAGAACGAGAAGAACUACCCCACACAUGAUUUGGAGCUAGCAGCCAUUGUCUUUGCUUUAAAGAUAUGUCAACACUAUCUUUAUGAGGAAAAGUGUUAUAUCUUCACCGAUAAAAAAAAAGUCUAAAAUAUCUUUUGACCCAGAGAAAGUUAAAAUUGAGUCAAACCAAUACCAACAAGAAUUGAGUAGUAGUAGACCUAACCACCCUCCACAUUUUAAGGGACGUGGAAAACCGACAUCACGGAUUUCUCCCGUGAUGCCCACUCUUUAUGAAAAUAUUUAUUUUUCUUUGCUUUCUCAAAAUCAAUCGAAGUUUAUACUUCAAAAAUUUCCUUUUUAUCAAACUCCCACAAAGAUAACAAAUUACGUACUAUUACAAAAUCUCCCAAAAUUGUAUACAAUAACUCAUAUUAACAAACCAAUAUAUCAACUAAUAUCCCAAAUACAACCCUUUCAUAUCAUAAUAUUUAAUCAAAUUCAGCACACAUAAAUUCAGUUAUCAAAUAUGCACACAAAAAUAUUCAAAGAAAAUCACGAAGUAAAAAGAACUAAUUUCGGUUGACGUGAAACUUACCUUAAAGUGUGACACUCCUACUUGGUCUCUUAACUUGAUUUAAUUAGCAAUCACCUUUAAUAAUUCAAAACUCUAUAAUUAGUCCUCGAUAUCUCAACCACUCAGUCAACUAAAGUUAUUGAUUUACUUUUUAUAAUUUUUGUCCAUUUAUUAAUAACUUAUCAUUACUCUGGCCUAAAUACUUCGGAUUUCAUUCAUUCUCAAAUACGAAUUCGGAAAUUCGGAAUCGUGAUAAUUUAAUUUAAUUAGUUAGUCUGCUACUUUAUUUCAAUAAAUAGAAGUACUCUGUAUCCAACAAUCUUCUUUAACCAAUUGAGUUAAUUCUUGGUAUCAACCCCUCGACUCAAUCGUUUAAUGACGACGAACACUCGUAUUCUAUUUUAAUCAUGUAAGUUCCUAGUCUGUUUAUUACUAUUUCGGACAGGUAAAUGAUCCAGUAACUACUUGUUACUUAACCCCUUAUUCUAAUGGUUUUUUUUUUUUUUUUAAUUAGAAAUCAUGUCAACUUAGCACAGUGAGAACCCAUAUUAACAUGCUCCUAUUCCAGUUUAUUGCUACGUAUAACUUUUAGUUCACUAACUAAUGGCUAGUCAAAUUGAUCCCGAUAAGUAAAUUAAAACAUUCAUGGAGUCCAGCCUAAAUUAUAUGGUAAUUGACUACCCUGAGACUCAUAUCCAUACAAGAAUAAGAAUUUACUAUUCGUAAUUCCUUUGUUUAAUUAUUAACAUUGUUCAUUUCUGAUUUUAUUACCACCAUCCAAAUGAUCCUAAUGAUUACUAGUGGUAAGUCAGGCAAUACUUUUGUUAUUGUUAUAUGGCUAUCAUUACACCGUAUUAUUACUCGGUAUUAUUUUAUUAGUAUUGAUGUGUGGACUAGUAAGUAUUACUUCGUUUUAUUAAUAAUUUAGUCCAAUCGUCCAUAAAGUUUCAGGAAAGUAGGGUAAAAUAGCUAUGGUACCAGUUCGGUAGUGCAAUGGCCGUAACAGUGGUCCAGUCAGCGUCAGAUCUUUCCUUUCGGUGGUGGUGCUAGUCCCUUCUCCGGCGACCCCCGACGUCCGAUCAUUCUGCAGCAGCAGCGGCUCUUCUUCUCGGUCGAAGUAAACGUUUCAGGAAAGUAGGGUAAAAUAGCUAUGGUACCAGUUCGGUAGUGCAAUGGCCGUAACAGUGGUCCAGUCAGCGUCAGAUCUUUCCUUUCGGUGGUGGUGCUAGUCCCUUCUCCGGCGACCCCCGACGUCCGAUCCUUCUGCAGCAGCAGCGGCUCUUCUUCUCGGUCGAAGUAAACGGUGAGAUGCGGGGAUGAAAAUAUAUUUGGUGUUUCGUAUGAAGGUGUGGGUUGAGGUGUGGAGGUGAUUGAAACGUUGUGUAUUUAUAGGCCAGCUUUGAAGGUUCUAGGCUCUUAGGCAAUUAACACCCAUUAAUAAGUUUCCAUACAUGUAGGUAAUACGGUACUUUACUUUGUGUAUGUAAUUACUAGUAUUAUUUUAGGUAUGAACUAUUCGCGUUUUCUUAUCAAUACGUUACUACUAGUAUACGUUAAUAAACCGAAUAUCCGAAAUAACUGCUAUGUAUAUGUUGGGUCCGUGUAUUUUACGUGUAUUAUUAUUAUUCUUGUAGUAGUGUACAUGGUUUAAUAAUCAUACACUUUGUAUGAACGUCACUUUUAUUUAAGUAAACAAAAUUUAAUCUGACUAACGUCACUUAUCACUUUUAACAAACUGAACUAUUAUUUUUUUUUUCUUUCUAAUAUUAUAUAUUUUAUUAUUAUUAUUAUUAUUAUUAUUGUUAAUUAGUUAAUUAUUAUUAUUUUAUUUAUUUAUUUAUUUAUUUUUUCUUCGGAGUGUCACAGUAGGUGGAGGAAUUAUUGUGGAAGGG